AUGUAAGUAUUUAACACAAAAGAUUACAUCCCCUAAAGGGUUGGAUUACAAUUAAAUCCUCCUACUAUAGUAAUUGAAUAUUUGAUUCCAAGCUAAUAGAAAAUUUAUCGUCAUAAGAUAAAGUUGAUGCGUCUAACUAACAAAUCUAACACAGCUGAUUUUGUUCAAUAUAUUAAAAAAAGGCAUAACUUAUAUGUUUCUAAUUCAAAACUUUUAGAUGAGCAACUUGAAAGUAAAAUACAUCUAAACAAAUUAGCGCUAAUAACAAGGCUUAAGGAUAAAAUAACGGAUUAAUCUCAUAGAAAGACAACUGAUAGUAAGCAAUAAUCUGAAAUUGGAAGAAAAUAUGCAAAUUCUAAAACACCAAACAUCAAUCCAUUUACCAAAACAUAAUAGUUAUAGCCUAAUUAAAGCAGUUCUACCAGCAAAAUUAGAGAAAAUUAAUUCGAACCUAUAAAAGCACAUGUCUUCGAAGAUAUUAAUAUUAAUUCUGAUGACGAUGAUAAAAAUUAAUAAGAAGAAGAGUCUGUAAAUUACUAAGAUGAUUUUGAAUCUCAACCAGAAUCAGACUUAGAAAAUUUGAAUUUAAAUAAAUUAAGUGUAGAAGAAGUAUAAAAAUUUAAAGAGAAGAUGGAAGUAAAAUAUGUUAAAAAUCUUCUUAAACCAGGAGAUGCAGGAUUUGUUUAUGAUAGAUAAGUAGAAUUUAAACCCAAAAAAAAUAGUGAUUGGGAUGAUGAUUGA